ACCGCGGCGCCCAUGCCAAUUUGCCAUGCCCCACAAGGACGAGGGGACACAGGCGCGGCGGUUUUUUUAGUGGCAAAACACGGACGGACACCGUCCCAAACACCGCGACUCCCGAGUAAAGCCCUGCCUGCUCCCCCCCUGCGCUUCGUCUCCUCCCACUCUGACCUCGCGCAGCGCUCGCCUCCCUCUCCGUCCCUCUCCUCCACCUUCCCUCCCCCAAACCCCUGUGCACGGAGGGUGGUGGGAGAGGGUGCAGGGGGCAGGGCGGUGAGAAAACCCUAGCGCGCUCUCGCGCGUGAGCGAGCGUGGCGGAGGCCAUGGACGCGGCGCGGAGGGAGAGGAGGCACCACCGGAAGGCUGCUGUCGGGGCGGCGGCGGCGGGAGCGGGGGGCGUUGGUGGCGUGGGAGGAGGAGCGGCGGCGGCGGCGCGGGCGGCGUAUGGGGACGUGUUCGGCGGGCCGCCGCGCUUCGCGGCGCCGUUCGGGGGCGCGCCGCUGGACUACGCCGAGGUGUUCGGCGGCGUCGCCGCGACCUGCUCCAUCCCGUACCUCGACCUGCCGCCCGCGCCCACCGGAGGCGGCGCCGGCGCUGGCGGUUUCUUCGCAUGCCGCGGGAAGGGGGACUACGGGGAGAUCUUCGGCCGCUUCGACUUCGCCGACUUUGCGUUGCCGUACGAGGACCUCUUCGGCGCGCCGCAGCCCGAGCCCGUGCCAGAGGCUGCCAGGGAGGCGGACCCGGAGAUCGCCUCGUCGUCCAGCGGGAGCUCCACCAGCAGAUCAUCGUUUAAAAAAGAAUCCAGCCAGCUGGAGGAUGAGCCUUCUAUACUUCCUCAACACUAUCAAAAUCUGGAUCAUCGUCAGCACUUUAAAGACCAUAAGUUUUCUCCAAUAUCCUUCUCUCCAGACACAGAAAGUCCGCAGUUUGUGAUAUCAUAUAACAAAACUACUGAGAGGAGACCUGAUGAUCUAAUUGAGAUGACGACCUGCACAGCUAAACCUUCGUUGGACUUUGUGAUUGAUUCUCGCAAUUUGUCACAUGAUCCAGCAAUCAAUCAUGUUUCAAGAAUUGACAAUGGCACAAUGGCCAAUGAUGAUAAUAAUAAGAACCCAAGCUCUGCUAACACGAGUGUGCGGAGUCCUGAGAGUGAUUUUGCAGUUGAUCAGAAGCAGCAAAGUCCAUCAUGGACACCUAUUUCUGGAAGUAUAUCAGCAAAUGAAAGCCACAAAAACUCUGAUAUUCAUUCAACACGCAGUACUUUAAUGCCUCCUGAUUAUGCAUUUCUUCGGGUAUCUGACAGUGAUGCACAGACACAACCAAUCAAAGUACAGCCAAUAUUGAGGCAGCAACCUAAACUGCUCAACAAGAAAGAGAGUGCAGCUAAAGGAUGCGUCAAUAUUGUAAACCACAAUUGCUCUCCAACUUCUGCUGCACAUACCACUUCAAGUAGCAACAUACCUCAUACUGACAAGAAAGUAGAUGCCAAUCCAACUUCUGCAUCAGCAGCUAUGAAGGAGGCAAUGGAUUUUGCUGAAGCUAGGUUAAAGGCUGCAAAAGCUUUGUUAGAGGGAAAAGGUGACAGUUUUAAAUUGCGGAAGAAGCCAAGUCAUCUUAGAAGCACAAGGUCUAUGGAAAUCAGGUCUCCUAUUUCUGUAGAUGCCGAUGCUUCCGAACAAAAACUAUCGGUGAAAAAGUCAUCGAAAGAAGAAAAGAACACUGAUGAUUCUUUGUUUGACAAGCAUAGAAAGUUAAAUGCAGUCAGAUUAGAUCAUUUUGAUGACAAUGGGAAAAAGGCACUUCCAUUGGAGAAGCCUCAGCACAUGUUGCAACACUGCACUGAGUCCUGUCAAACUUCCAGUAAACUAGAGAAACUAGGCAACUGGAAGUCAGGUAAUGACUUUUUUGAGUUAUCUGGAGAUGAUCAGAAAUGCAGAACUGAUGAAGCCACAGAGGGAGGUGAUAAAUGCAAGCAAACGGAUCCCAUUACUAGUGUCAUCAAUGAUCAGAGGGAAACUGAAUUCAAUGCAGCAGACUCUGACCUGGACAGGUAUGAAAAACUAUGGGAGGUUAAUGAUGGCAGGAAUGUGGGGGUGAAACAUGUAAAUCUGAGGGAGAACAAGACGGCUCCAGUGGACAAAGAUAGGGUGUCUGUGAUUUUAGAACCUUCUACAGAAAAUAUGGCACACCAAGAGACUCAUAAUUCAAUUGGUGAGAGACUUGUAACACUGGAAAAUGCUAAGGAAUGCCAUGAUACUGAUAAAUGUCUUGAGCUUCCUACAAGUGGAGCCUCCACAAAGCUGGAUGUCUUCAAGGACGUGUCAGGUUCAUUACCAGAGGCUUGCUCACCAGUAAAUGCCAGUGAUCUUAGUGGCCAUGGUAAUAUUAGUCCAAAUUUAAGUCCAUUAGCAGGAACAUCACAAGAGGACAGAAACAGUAAACUGGCACCAGAAGUAUUUAGGGAUAGCAGGAUGCAACACACUUUUCUGAGUAAUGAAAAGUUACAGGAAUCCUCAGAUGUGUCUAAUGUUGCUAUUUCCCAGGGAAGUAACAUUAAAUCAUUGAUUUUAGAAGAACUUAAAGAAUCUGAUGUAUGUGAUGCUUUCACGAGGGGACCUAAUAGAAUUGAGCAGGAAGCUGAAACUUAUGGAAGAGAAAAAUUCAGCUUUAGUGAUGGAUCGCUCUUGCUGCCAUCACACUUCCAUAACAAAGGUGCCAAGAUAAAUUUAGUCUCUGAAAAAGUACAGAAAGUCGAAAUUGAUAAGAAAGUUGGUCCAUGUGCACACCCUGAAGUAACAAUUGUGGAUCUGGAUGCUGAUUGCCCUAAAGAUGCGAAUAAUGUUAUUCUACAAAAUGAUAACUUUGCAGACCCAGAAGAAUCAAACAUGCUGAAUGUAUUUGAGGUAGCUAGCAAGUUGAUCAAAAGAGAACUGGAUCAAGAAAUGCAUGGGUCAUUAGGGCAUGGUGAAGAGGAAAACAUGGAAGAAGGAAUGGAUGCAUUUGUCUCUGAUAUUAAUGGCAAAGAUGCAGAUGAAACCGCAUUAGAAAAUAGUGAGUGGACAGGUACUGAAGAAGGAUCUGCUCGCGUUAACCAGGAGGACCAAAAUUCAUCUGGAAGCACCAACAGAGGAAAAAAUGAUGUAGAUGCAAAUCGCGAUACAACUUGUGAUGAAGUUGGAUCUGAACCCCUUUCAGGUGAUGAAGUUGUCAUCAAAGCUACAAUUGAUAGCAUCAGAGGGGUUUCCAGCAGAGGAGAAAGAGAAUUACCAACAGAAAGGUCUACAUGUGAAGAUCAUAGGAAGGCAAGCAUAAUGGAAGAAAAAGAUACUACAGCAAGGAUAUCAAAGGCAGAACAUGUACCAUCUCCCUUGGAGACGAUGUGUGGUGUAACUAACUCUGCUGAAGCUCCCACAUCAGUAGAGAACAUGACAAGAGCAGAUAGUGCAUGUGAGAAGGAUAAAGGGCCUUCUCAAAGAGUACAAGAGAAAAAGGAAAACGAAAGGAUAUUGGAGAAAGAAAGAGAACUUGCUGAGGAGAAGGAAAGAAGGAAAUUGGAGAAAGAAAGAGAACUUGCUGAGGAGAAAGAAAGAAGGAAAUUGGAGCAAGAAAGAGAACUUGCUGAGGAGAAGGAAAGAAGGAAAUUGGAGAAAGAAAGAGAACUUGCUGAAGAGAAGGAAAGAAUGAAAGAGAAGGAAAGAAUGAAAUUGGAGAAAGAAAAAGAACUUGCCGAAGAGAAGGAAAGAAGGAAAUUGGAGAAAGAAAGAGAACUUGCUGAAGAGAAGGAAAGAAGAAAAUUGGAAGAGGCAGAAAGGGAGAGGGAGCGUAAAAAGGAUAGGCUUGCUGUUGAAAGAGCGACAAGAGAAGCACAUGAGAGAGCAUUUGCUGAAGCUCGUGAAAAGGCAGAAAAGAUGACUGUGGAAAGAAUUACUGCUGCACGGCAACGGGCAUCUGCAGAGGCCCGAGAGAAAGAAGAGAGAGCAAGUGUUCAAGCCGCUGCUGAAAGGGCUACUAGAGAAACUAGGAUAAGAGCAGAACGUGCGGCAGUUGAGCGAGCAACUGCUGAAGCUCGGGAGCGGGCAAUAGAAAAGGCAAAGGCUGAGAAGGCUCUCGCAGAGGCAAGAGAACGGAGGGAACGAUACAAAUCCUCUUUCAAGGAGAGUUUUAAGUCCAGCAAUCAGGAUAUUCGACAGGAGUCACAAUUUCAGAGGGCAACUUCUUGUAAUUUCAUUCGAAACCCAGAUUCCGGCAACAGAGUGGCUGAGGUUGAGUCCGCCUUAAGACAUAAAGCAAGAUUAGAGAGGCAUCAACGCACAGCUGAGCGUGUGACAAAAGCGCUUGCUGAGAAGAACAUGCGGGACCUGCUAGCUCAAAGAGAGCAAGCAGAGAAACAUAGGCUUUCUGAAUUCCUGGAUCCUGAGAUCAAGAGAUGGUCAAAUGGGAAGGAAGGAAAUCUGAGGGCCUUGCUGUCCACAUUGCAAUAUAUUCUUGGUGCUGACAGUGGCUGGCAACCAGUGCCACUAACAGAUCUCAUUACAGCUGUUGCUGUGAAGAAAGCUUACAGGAAGGCAACCCUUUGUGUCCAUCCAGAUAAAUUGCAGCAAAGGGGCGCUACAAUCAGACAGAAAUACAUCUGUGAGAAGGUUUUUGAUCUUCUUAAGGAUGCUUGGAACAAGUUCACAUCAGAGGAGCGCUAGGGUGGAAGCAAAGCGACCGCUUAUUUUGAGGCAGGCGAUUCGUUAUUAGUAUAUUUAUAUAGCGACAUCGUUAGUUUCUUCAUUCAAAAUUGAUGUAAAUAUGCAGUUGUAGCCUAGAUGUCCGUCAGAAACAGCGCAAAUGAUGCUGGUUAUUACCUUUACUCAGAAUCAGUUCAGCAAAAAGAGCUCCAUUGCUCCUGCUCAUGCAAUUCGCCGAGUAGCUGCUGCGGCAGCACUUUCACCUA